AUGUAUCGUCGAGUGCAGCGUCUCGGUGGUCGCGUGCGUGGGCGGCGAUGGAGCAGCAGCUCAAAACCCUCGUCCUCCAGUAGCACUGGCGAUGUCUCUAAGCAGACUGUGAGCGCGUCGAUCCGCUCCACGACGAUUGGAACUGUGCGUGUAACCAAAGGUUACGGCGCUGACAAGCAUGAGGCGGAGCUGGACUCGACGGUUGCGCGUAUCAUUGGUUCAGAUUGGGGAGACCGCUCUCACCAGCCUGUAUCUAUGCCUAUGCGUAUAUACUGGGUCGUUUUUGCUGUAGUACUGGGCAACGGACUGUACACGUACUUUGCCGGCAAGGACGAGUCAUACCUGGUGGAGAAGCUAAAGAAGAAAGCGGAUGAGAAGCUGGGCGUCGAGGAGGAGGAGAACGAGUUUGAGCAGAUGGCUGAGCGACAGGAAAUAACUCCUAUUGCUGCGAAGGCGCGUCGACCCAAGUCGAAAACAGAGUUGGAACAUCAACUCGCGCAGCUGCGAGAGAAGCAGAAACGACUGGAGGAUCAGAUUCGUAGGGGUGAAGGAGUUGCCAAGGACGAGCUGGAACACCAAGUGCGCAUGAUUGACAUUCAGAAGGAACAGGUCAAGCGUAUGAUCAAACACUUGUAA